AUGAAUGAGAUUACAAUCGCUGAUAUUCUCAAAUAUAAAAGAUUGAAUUUCAUUAUUGCAAUUGGAGACUUACAUGUACCACACAGAUCACACGGUAUCCCACCAGAAUUCAAAAAGUUGUUGGUACCAGAAAAGAUUCAACACAUCCUCUGCACAGGUAAUCUCGUAUCAAAAGAUAUCCACGAUUACUUUAAGACUUUGACUAGCGAUGUACAUGUUGUUAAAGGUGAAUUCGAUGAGAACUCAUCAUAUCCAGAUACAAAAGUAGUUACAAUUGGACAAUUUAAAUUUGGUCUUUGUCAUGGACAACAAAUUGUACCAUGGGGUGACAAGACAUCGUUGGCAGCACUCCAAAGAGAGAUGGAUGUCGAUGUUCUCAUCACUGGACACACCCACCACAUCGAGGUAUUCGAAGCCAACAACAAACUUUUCAUCAACCCAGGCUCAGCCACUGGUGCCUUUAGCAACAUCACCCACGACGUCACCCCAUCAUUCGUUUUGAUGGAUGUUCAAGGAUACGAUAUCACUAUUUACAUCUACAAGCUUAUCGACGGUUCUGUUAAAGUCGAGAAAUUGGAACACUCCAAACAAUAA